UCAUGUGUCAUUACGUGGCCUAGCCAAGGUUCAGAAUAAAUCCAAUAGAAACGAAAAUAAGCCGCUGUUAUAUAAAUAACACAAUAUAUUAAACGUUACUUUUAGAAAUUGUUAAGUAUACAUCCUUAAACAAAAUGUUUUAUUCUGGUAAAUUACUAUGGAUCGUUUCAUUAUAUCUUUCCACAUUAUUAUCCCUAACAAACUGCUACACGAUUACGGUGGAUGCACACGCCGAAGAAUGCUUUUUCGAAAAUGUUGAGGCCGAUACUAAAAUCGGAUUAACAUUCGAAAUCGCUGAAGGUGGUUUCCUAGAUAUAGACGUAAAGAUCACAGGACCGAAUGGAGAGGUGAUAUACCGUGGGGACAGGGAGACUUCCGGCAUGUACACAUUCUCAGCAACCACUUCAGGCAGAUAUACUUACUGUUUCAGCAACCAAAUGUCUACUAUGACUCCAAAGGUUGUGAUGUUUAACCUGGAGGUAGGCGAUGCCCCAAAUAAAAACACUGGAGAAAAAGAGGAGGAAGCUAACCACAAUAAGUUGGAGGACAUGAUUAAAGAGUUGAGCACUACCUUGAAGACUGUCAAACAUGAACAAGAAUAUAUGCAGGUUCGUGAUCGCAUCCACAGAGAAAUCAAUGAGAGCACAAACUCCCGUGUGGUCAUGUGGUCUAUUUUCGAGGCUUCAGUAUUACUUGUGAUGACCCUCGGACAAGUCUACUACCUCAAGAGGUUCUUUGAAGUUCAAAGGGUCGUCUAAUGACAAUGUCGUCAUUGGUUUUUAAUAUUUUAUAUUGUGAACUGAGGUAACAAACUCUUCAGUCAGUGUCGUGUAUUUUGAUGUGGAUGCUAAAUAUAAUUUAUAAAGAAUCUUUUGUGUCACCAUCACUGAUAACAGAAAUUUUACAAUAAAAGCCUUUAGUGGAUUGCUAUAA